AGCGGGGGGCCGAACGUUGUUGCAGCGUGGUUUGACGACUUCUCGCUUAUUUUGCUCCAUCUAGGGGGCUUGAGCCAUGACGUCGCCAUACAAAACCCCUUCAGUUUACAGCCAUGGUGCUGCCAGUAGUGCGGGCGUGGUAUCUUCUCAGUGGCAAGCAGCUUACCAGACCCUACUAGGCACCGUGGAACCACUACAACAAGUCAAGCUGUUAUCUGCACUCCGAAGUGGUGACCCUUCGUUGAUCCACCCCUUUCUGGCCGAAAUUAGCAAGGAGCGACGCGGAUCACAGGACGGGGAGCUUAAUACGGGUGCAGCAGCUCUACAUCUUGCUAUUCGCUGUGCCUCUGUGGAUACCGUACAGCUUCUAUUAUCACAUAAAGCAAUCUCUCCCAGUGGCGUGCACCCCCCUGGUAGUGGCACGACCGCUUUGCAUCUUGCUGCUUCCCUCGGUCGUGCAGAUAUACUCAAUCUUCUCCUCGACCAGCCAGAUAUUGAUGAUACUUUGCGGGACAGUCACGGACGCACGUGCAGGGAUGUUGCAAAGGGAAAAGAGGCUAUCAAAGUACUGCAAGAUUCGCGUUCAUUUCUCAACGCAUCUUACAGAUCUCUCUUCCAUUCCUAUGUCCUUUCCAACGUCGACGCACAGCCAAGCCCAUCGCUCGUUUCUCUCCUUGAGUCUCCCCGUGCGCGUGCACUAGAUCUGUCGUAUUUGGACGAUACUUCUGGGACAUCGUUGUUACACGAAGCGGCCCGUCGCAAGGAUCUCAGGCUCGUUGAAUUGGCAGUACACGCCGGUGCGGACGUGUUCGGAAAGGAUGACCGCGUGCGCGUCUUUUUACGACAAUUUGCUAACCGCGAUACAUCCCUCAUCGAUGGUCCGGUAUCCGAGCCCCCCGUGUUGCGGGGAUACCUGAACAAGUACACGAACGUUGCGCGCGGGUACAACACCCGCUGGUUCGUGCUCAAAGACGGUGUCUUAUCUUAUUAUCGACACCAAGAAGACGAAAACAUUGCAAGUAGAGGUGCUAUAUCCUUAAAAACCGCUAUUUUAAAGACGGGAAAUAGCGGAGAUAAGACCCGGUUCGAGGUUCAUUCCUUGCCAUCGCGUAGUCAUGCUUCUGGAGUUCAGAAGUGGUAUAUGAGGGCAAAUCACCCUGUUGAAGCAGCGCCUAUGGAGUGGGCCAGACGCCAUGAUCUCGGACAGCUAUCUGUCCCCAGAGGAAGCGGUGAUAGCGACCGCAGCGCAUUAAAACUAGGGAAAGUGAGUCUCCACUUAGGAACCAAGCGGAAGGUGGAUCUUGGCACACAUAGUAUCCGAGGGUCACAAGGAUCAUUCGUGGACAUGCGAGAAGAUGGCGGAGGUGCAAUGCUCGGUGAUGUCAGUGAAGAUGCUAUAAACGAUGAGUACGACACUGAAUACGAAGGGCGCUGUAAUGAUGGCUCGCUCUCCUCCCUUUCAACGUGGCCCCCGCACGAAUCGACUUUCGAUUUGCAAGGAAAUUCCCUUGCUGCGCAGAUGGAGGUUACGGUACAGCUGCUUUCAAGUUUACCCCCUCCGCCAGACACACCCCCGCGUGCGAAGGAGUUGCAGGCAGCAUUAAAAGAGUCAUUUUUAACCGUGCAAACGAUGGUGAACGAGUAUGUGCAAAUGUCUAAGGAAAGAGAGGAGUGGUGGAGAUCGCAGCUGCGGAGAGAACGUGAACGUCAAACUGUGUGGGAAGAAAGUCUUCAGGCCGUGGUCCGAGAAGGAGAGACGCUCGAGAAGGAGCUCCGUGCACGUUCCCGUAGGCGUGGAAGCAGGUUUUUCGAUGCCACCUCUCUUGAGACCGGGGGGACAUCUAAAUCAAUACCCUGGAGCCCGCCAUUGUUGCCUACAGUUGUACAAGAACACGAUGUUCUGGAGGAACAUUCUUCUCACCCAGAAGAACGUCCAAUUGGGCUUGUCGCAUCGGCAUCUAGAGUCAUCACCUCAGCACAACCAGCGGCGCCCACGACGCCGACACAACAAAACAUUUCACGGUUCCAGUCACCGAACUCGGAGGAAGAUGAAGAUAUCAUAGAUACUGAAGAAGAAGACGAGUUUUUUGACGCCAUAGAGUUCAACAACCUCCCGAAUCUUGUCGUCAGCGAACUUUUAACUAGUCCGACGCACUCCGCGCUCACGCUACCUCAUGUCGUCAACUUAGAGCCCUUCGUAGGGUACAGAGCGUUCAGGACCCAACUUCCUAUCAACCGCGACAAUCGACCAUCAACCAGCCUUUGGUCUGUCCUUAAGCACAGCAUCGGGAAGGAUUUAACGAGAAUCAGCUUCCCUGUGUUUUUCAACGAACCCACCAGCAUGUUGCAACGGAUGGCCGAAGACAUGGAGUUUUCUGAAUGUUUGGAUGUGGCUGCUCGGGAAUCCAAUCCACAUCGGCGAAUAGCUUUCGUUGCUGCAUUCGCAAUGUCAAACUAUUCUUCGACUAUUGGACGUAUUGCAAAGCCUUUUAAUCCAAUGUUGGGCGAGACGUUUGAAUAUGUUAGAUUAGACAAGGAAUAUAGAUAUAUGUCCGAACAAGUUAGCCAUCAUCCCCCAAUUUCAGCCUGCUGGGCAGAGUCACCGUAUUGGCGGUAUUAUGGAGAGGUCGACGCCCAAAAUAAAUUCAUGGGAAAGUCGUUCGAAAUUCGCCCGACGGGUGUCGCACAUGCUGAGCUCCUGCUGCCGGAAGAGUGGGCUCCUCGGUACCCUAAGGCCAAAGGAUUCGGUGGGGAGGGGAAGGUUGUGGAACACUACUCUUGGAAAAAGGUCACCACCAGCGUAUCUGGGUUCAUUCUGGGAUCGCCUACCAUUGACCACUAUGGGGAUAUGAUUAUUACCAACCAUCGAACAGGAGACCGGUGUAUUCUGACGUUCAAGCCGCGAGGUUGGCGCGGCAAGGACGCCUAUGAAAUUUCGGGCUCCGUACGGACCGCGGAUGGACAAGUUACCUAUGAGAUUGCAGGUCGCUGGAACAGCCAAUUGAUUUGUCGUGCCGUGGGUACUGGCAGUGGGUUCCUCCAUCCGGAUGCGACUGUCAGUGGACCUGCGUCUCCAAACUACAUGACGGAGUACAUCUUACUCUGGAGAAACUCGGAGAAAGAACCGGCGCCAUUCAACUUGACCCCAUUUGCAAUUACAUUGAAUGACUGUCCCAAAGAUACUCUUCAGCCGUAUCUCUGCACCACCGAUUGCCGCCUGCGUCCCGACCAGCGUGCUUUCGAAAUGGGGAAAUACGAACGAGCAAAUGACUUGAAGAUCAAGCAGGAGGAGAAACAACGGGCAACCCGAAGGGCCAGAGAGGAAGGGCGGAUACCGCCUCAUCAGCCCAGAUGGUUCACAACGCAGACAGAUGGCGACACUGGGGAGCGAGUGUGGACACCCUCCCGUAUAGGUGACGCACUUGAAUAUUGGGCAGAGCGAGAGAGAAUCUGGAGAUUGGGUGGAAAUCAACCGUGGAAGAAUGUGAACCCUAUUUUCAUCGAUGAUUUACCCUAGCAUCAUGGGUUUUUUUUGACUAUCUUAUAGUUGUUCUUUUCGGGUAUUUAUGUAAAGAGGUUACUUCGGCUUAUAGGGACAAGGGCAAAG